AUGCCCAAAUUACUACCGAACAAAAGGAUCGAAUACGGAAAAAACGACGGCAAGAUUCAUUACAUAGAUAUAGUGUACUUACCGAACAAAAUAAAACAAUCUCAAAAAGAACCCAACGAGCCUGAAUACAUAGCUGCUAGUAAAUCAGGGAAAAUUGUUCGUUACAAGUCAGACAUGCAAUGGAAAACUACACACCAAACUGUUACGAAAUCAUCACCGAUCAAGGUAAACGGUCUAGUGGGGCUGCCGGAGUUCACAGUCAUUUGCUUGUCGGUCGUGGGCGGCCAACUGUUGUUCUACGACAUGUCGUCGGGCCAAUUCAAGCUGUGCUUCAUCGUCGAUUUAUGGGAUCGCACGUUUGCCACUCAUCUCGCGUACGUGCACACGUACUGCGAACGCAGUAAGACCGGUUCGUCUAAGAUAGCGGUCGGCGACGAAGGCGGCGGCGUGAGCGUGCUCGAGUUCAUGUCGUCCGACAAGCGAAACCCGUUCAAGGACAAGUCGGACGACGCCGACGAGAAGCAGACGUACAAUUUUGAAGAGCUCGCGGUCAGGACGACCACGGAAUCGUCGGCCAAGAGUCGGCUGCCGUUCUGCGCGUACAGAUAUAAGGGGCUGCACUCCGAGAAGGUCGAGCAAGUGGUGUUCUACAACAACGGCAGAUCGUUCGCGUCUGUGUCGAUGUCGAAUCGCAAGUCGAUGGCCCGAUGUCUCAUAAUGUCGGAGCCAUGCGAAGUCCACAGUUCGUCGCGGCCAUCGCAGUCAACGCCGUCGCAGCCGACCAACACCUUGCCGUCCAUCCGUUACACGUCAAACGUGAUGGGGUUCUCUUGCGUGUGCGCGAUCCGUGACACGCACUUGGCCACUGGCAGCAUGGACCAGACUGUGAGGCUGUGGGACGUCACCGGCCAAGUGUUGGGCCCCGCGGACUGCACCACGUUGUUGGGCCACAAGUGGGGCGUAAAGUGCGUGUCUCACAACACGGUCAGCGGAUACCUGUACUCCGUGUCCACGGAGUGCGUGAUCAAGGUGUGGGACCUGGGCAGAAACACGUGCCUGUUGACGUUUACCGGGCUCACAGUGGCUGUGAAACCGAACAACAGUCAAAAUUGGCCAUUCCCCGUUAUGCACUUCAACUGGCUCGAUCAGACCAUCAUAAGCGUGGGUGGAGAUGACAUGUCGUUCAUUACCGUCGAGUGUAGCAAACUGACGGUCACCGAUCAGGAGGUGUCUCGCCCGCACGACGAUAAGUCACACGAAACGCCAGUCGUUAGGACUCUGUACAACUCGCUGUACCAGGUAUUGAUAUCCGUUUCCGCCACCGACUCGUCCAUCUCCGUGUGGAACUUGCGCACCGGUGACGUGAUCAUCAAAUGGUCUAUGGCGCACACAGAGGAGGUGUACUCCGAGGUUCUGCCCGUAGAAAUCACUGCCGCCAACUUCGACCCAUCUGGUGGGCUGCUCGUCACCGGUGCGGUGAACGGUAGCAUUCACAUGUGGGACCCAAACAACGGUGUAUGUCUGAACCGACUGCGAAUCCCGUCAGGCGGCCGGAUAUCUGAAGUCUUCUGGUUACCCGAUAAGAUACUGUCGACUGGUUUAGAUCGGCGGGUUACCGAAUUCAAUGACCCACUGUUACUGUCCGAAGGAAAAGUGUGGUCGUCUAGCCACGAAGAGGCGGUGUUGAGCGCUUGCGUCAAGCUACCGUCGCUGUUUGUGACCACGUCCCAAGCGGGCGUAAUGGGUUUCUGGCAGCUGAAGACGGGGAAGCUGUCCGAAAAAUACAAGGCCCGCAUGAGACCAGACACUCGGAAGUCUAGGAACUCAUCAUCAGCGAGCAAGAGUCAGAUGGCCUCUACGCUGGCGAGCAAGAGCCAGAUGGCCCCUACGCUGGCGAGGAAGACCCAGAUGGCCUCUACGCUGGCGAGGAAGACCCAGAAGGCCUCUACGCUGGCGAGCAAGAGCCAGAUGGCCUCUACGCUGGCGAGCAAGAGCCAGAUGAGUUUCACAUCGUACGUUGGCAGUCGAAAAGGGGAAACUGGUGGCCUGGAAACCAAGAAAGAAAAUCUCAAGAGAUUGGAUAUUGAGCACACGCCCCGUGAGCAUUACGCGGCAGUCGCCACACACUUUCUGCGGGCCCGGCCAGAAGACUCAAACGUCGGAACCCUACUCGUGGCCACACGUAAUGGCGUGGUGCAGAUAUGGUGCACGUACAAAGUGCCCAAAUACGUUAGCCAGUUCAUGGCCAUACACAUUGCCGAUGAUUACGUCACUUCGAUGGUGUCUGACCAUAAGAGUGAAUACUUGAUCACAAGCUUCGAAAGCGGCUACAUCAAGACGUGGAUAGUGACCAACUUUGGACAGCCGAGACACACGAUCUACAGCAUGGACAUGCCAUCUCUUAGGCUGCGUUUUCCGUACCUAAUGAAUAUGUUCUACAUGGGUCGAGCCGAACGUGCUGCCUCGAAGAACAUGGAUGGUCCACUAUUGGUCAGUGCCUACAGGGCACACUUGCAACGUAUCAGUCACGUCGAAUACAUCGAAAAAUUGGAGCUAAUAGUCAGUAGCAGUGUGGACAAGAUGAUACGUAUGUGGACGUUGGCUGGUCAUUACGUAGGAACUUUGGGGACGACAUGGCCACACGUAUCAAAAACCCGCCCGGUAAACGUUUUACAAUUUAAGAUACCUGCAGACAUCCAACGGCAAACUUCAUUCACUACGAUUCAAGUUUUGAAGGACGGCGUCAAUUCAAGUUUACGGUCACCAGCAAUAUGGGACAAACUAGAACUGUUGAGACAGCAACGUGACAUACGAGGUAAAAAAGGCAAGAGGAAACUAUAUGACCAAAAGUGCCCGGAUCUACCACUUCACGAUAUACACAAGGAAUUUUUGAAACCUAAAACGACGUUGAUCAGGCGUCCAGUAACAAUAAAAAUAGACGAAUCGAAGCCUAGAGUAAAGAUUCAUAAACAUAUUCCGUUGCGCGAACUCGAUACUAUCACAAACAUACCCAAGUUGAAAACACCAAAACAAGAAUCCGCCACUCCUAGAGCAAAACUUGCUUUUUCCAAAAAAUAA